AGGGGAUAAUUUUUCAUUGUACAGAAUUAAAUUAUAUUAUCUAAUUUAUUUAUAAAAAUGGCUGACAAUGAGCAAAAAGCUAUGCAAUUAAUAGCAGAAGCAGAAAAAAAACUAACUUCAUCUAAAGGUUUUCUUAGUUCAUUGUUUGGAGGAUCUUCAAAAGUAGAAGAAGCUGUAGAAUCUUAUCAAAGAGCUGCAAAUUUAUUAAAAAUGGCUAAAAAAUGGAAUGAAUCUGGAAGCGCUUUUUGUCAAGCUGCAAAUCUUAAUGCAAAAGCAGGUAGUAGACAUGAUGCAGCUACCAAUUACAUUGAUGCUGCUAAUUGUUAUAAAAAGUCAGAUCCUACUGAAGCUGUAAAUUGUUUAUUAAAAGCUAUAGAAAUUUAUACUGAUAUGGGUCGAUUUACUAUGGCGGCUAAGCAUCAUCAAAAUAUAGCCGAAAUUUAUGAAAAUGAAGCAGUGGAUUUAGAAAGAGCAGUUAAGCAUUAUGAACAAGCUGCAGAUUAUUUUCGUGGUGAAGAAAGUAAUUCAUCCGCCAAUAAAUGUUUAUUGAAAGUCGCCCAAUAUGCUGCUCAGUUAGAAAAUUAUGACAAAGCAAUUGAAAUUUAUGAACAGGUGGCAGUUGCGUCAUUGGAUAGUUCAUUAUUAAAAUAUAGUGCUAAAGAAUACUUUUUACGAGCAGCUUUAUGUCACUUAUGUGUAGAUGUAUUAAAUGCUCAACACGCUAUCGAACGUUAUCAAGAACAGUGCCCUGCAUUUCAAGAUGUUCGAGAAUACAAAUUAAUUAAGAUUUUAAUAGAACAUUUGGAAGAACAAAAUAUUGAUGGUUUCACAGAAGCAGUAAAAGAAUAUGAUUCGAUUUCACGACUAGAUCAAUGGUAUACAACAAUGCUUUUGCGAAUAAAAAAACAAAUCAAUGAUAAUCCUGAUCUCCGUUGAAUUGCAUUACUAUUUAUGAAUUUCAUUUAUAGAUAAUUCCAGUGUAUAUUAUCUUAUCUAAUACUGUGUAUAUCUAAGUGCGUGCGUAUGUGUAC